AUGGCGACCACAACCAUGGCUACUGCGGUCGGUGCUGCUGCCAUUCUCUACUACACACUGAACCGAAGAUUACAGAUAAGCCAAACUCGGGGUGAGGAAGAUGACGACAAAAGAGAAGAGCAGGGUUCAUCUUCAUCCAGUAGCAAGAGAGUGUCGAGGAGACCAGCGCAGGCCCCUGCAACGUGGUUGGAGACCAUCUCCACAUUGUCCGAGACAUUGAGAUUUACUUACUCUGAGACCUUGGGGAAAUGGCCCAUUGGAGAUUUGGCAUUCGGCAUCAAUUUUCUUCUAAAGAGGCAGGUAAUGGAUCCCAUCCAAUUUUUCAUGACACCUUUUUCACGAAAGAAAUACAUGCCUACCUCAUUUUCCGUUGUGUAGGGCAAUAACUGAGAAAUUUAUGAACUUGUUCUACGAGGAGAUUUCUUUGUUGAUAUUCUUGGGAUGGGGAAAAAAGGCUAAAUAUGCUCUGUGAAUAUUAUAUUUAGGAACCAAAUUAAGAUGAACGUGAGAUAUCUGGCUUAACUUGCAUUGGCCACCCAAUCCAGAUAGUGCAAUCUACUGAUAAUGCAAUCUACUAGUGGAUCUAAAUCUUUGUCCAUUAUGUGGCCUCCAAAUGUUCAAAGAAUACCAUUUUUUGGUAGAUAUGGUAGCCUUGAAAAAAAAACGACUAAACUUGAGUAUAUUAAAAUAUAUAGGCAUUUUAAGAAUGAUUUUCGGUUCCUCGUAUAUGAUCGCCUGUACAUGAUUAGUUUCUGCUGUUAGUUAGCUCUUUUCUACCCUCCAACAGUGAUACAUGAAAUUCGUCACAAUUUGAGAAUGGUCGCUUUUGGCUCUGUCACUACCUGUGUUGUACUGUCAGAUUACUGGCAAAAAAUUGGAUUUGGAGCCACUGAUUCCUUUAGCGAUAGAUGUUCGGAUACAAAAGUAUGCAAAUAAUCAACACUUUAAAAAAGAUUAUUGUACAAGAGUGUUAGACUACACCAAGAUGUUAUGGUCUCAUCUGUGGGCCUGGACACUCGUACAACAGAGUCACCCACUUCCUCAUUAUUCGUCACCCUGCCCACUAGUUUGCCCAUGCAGAAACGGAGAGAAAGACUCAAUUUGUUGAUAAAUUUUUAUGCCUGAAAAUUCGAUUGCUCCUCUCGUUUUAAACGACAUGACAAUGAUGGAUGAAUGUCCGCACUUCUUAGUCCUUUUAAGUAUCUGGGUCUAUUCCCACCUUUGUAUAUCUUCUAUGUAGGUGGAAUUUCUCGAUAAUCCAUGUUUUGGUGAAGAACAUUUAUUAUAUCUGAGGAACCGACUUAUGACUUGGAAUAAGUGACUUAUGGCUUAGUACAAGUGCAACAGGAAACGUUAUUUCUCUCCACUUCCAUUUCCAUGAAUACUCAUGUAACUUCCCGCAAUAAUCAUUUCACCACUAGGUCAAUGAUAUCUUCAAACUGUUCUAUCUUGUUAUUUAGUAGGCCCCGUUUUGAUUUUGGGCACAAACACCCUUCCACCACCGAAUGAUCGAAACCCUCAGCCAUUGUUGCGCCGUAUUUAACUGCUAAAUUGUGAAAAGGCUUUUCACUGGAGAGUUGCUAUGCGUCUAUUUCUGAUUGUAUCUUUCCAAUGGAGUCUCAGUUGUGGAAUGAUGUAUGAUAUUGAACCACGGUUUAUCUUGCGGUAUCACACCUUAUGCACUUUGGAUGCGGGAUUAUUUUUACUGACAUAUCUAGUUUUCUCUUUGCAGGGAAACUUACCUGUUGCGAAUAUAUAUGCUGGGAAUGAAAGUACGCAACUUAAAGGAAUUGAAAUUGCUGCUGAGCUGAAAUAUCUUCUCAGUUUGUUAAUACUCUGUUGGCAUUUCUCCAAAAAACCAUUCCCAUUGUUUCUAGAGGCAACUGGUUUUUCUCAAGAAGAUGUCCUCUUUCAGGAACCAAAAGCAGGAGUAAGCGGUGUUGCUGUGUGCUUUUUUCCAUUUCCUGGAGUUUUUAUUUAUUUAUAAUUAUGUACUAUUUCAUGAUUAUUUUAAUGUUAUUUGCCUGAAUUAAUGUCUUCAAUUAUUUUUUUUGCAGAUUUUGAAACCAGCUUUUACAAUUUUAACUGACAAAAGCACGAAGUGUAUAAUUUUAUUAAUCCGUGGAACACAUAGCAUUAGAGAUACUCUGACAGCUGCUACUGGGGGAACUGUCCCAUUCCAUCAUACUGUUUUAAAUGAAGGCGGUGUCAGUGAUCUUGUUCUAGGUUAUGCACAUUGUGGGAUGGUUGCUGCUGCUAGAUGGAUUGCAAAACUUGCAACUCCUUGUCUUAUGAAGGCAGUUCAUGAACAUCCAGAUUACAAAAUCAAGGCGAGUCUCUAGAAUUGCCCUUUCCUUUUUCUAACUUUUCUGGCUCUAACUGUCGCUAUAUUUUGUUUAUGAUCUUAGAUGCCCUUCGGGGUAGUCGUUAAACAUAUGUUUUAAUAUAACUUUCGCUAAACCUCUGCUUAUGAGCUUUCAGGCAAUCAACUCCUGCACAAAUCAGAAACAAGAAUCAGACCCCUCGUGAGAUUUUUUAAAAAGGAUAUUUUAACUUUUAAGCAGCGUAACUAUUCAAGGAAUUGUGUAAAAAAAUAUGCUAGAUAGCAUAUCUCGACUGCGUUCCUUCACAGCUGGUAUAUAUAAAAAAAGGAAUUUGGGCUGUGAGGAUCGGCAAAUACCAUCUACAAUAAUUUUGGAACUUGAUGCAAUAUCCAGAACCUCAGGACCAACUUUGAUGAAGUUAAAUUAUUUACAUUAUACACCACCCCAUUUGGAAGUGAUGCCACAAAAUCUUCCAUCGCUUCAACUGAGCUGCCCUUGCUUCUAUUUCUAUUGGUUGCUGCUCGGUAUUCACAAUUUUCUGCCCAUUUUUUCCAUAACUGCUUCUUUCCACAGGUCUUGGUACAAUAUCACGCACAAGUUGCUGCUCUUUUUCUUCAUUUAUGUCUCUCUCCUCAUUUUUUACCUCAGUUUCCUCCUGUCCUUCAUCACAAUCGUUUCAUAUGCUAAUGCAUUAAUUUCACAUAUCCAAUAGCCCUCUUUCUUCCUUGGUCGACCAUAUAGACUGGAUUUCUGCAAUAUAUUGUCCGAACACGAAGACAUUUCUUGACGAGUAGAACUGCUUAGCUCUCUGAAUUUUUGAACCUUACUUGAGAGUUCCAGCGAACCGCCUUCAAUUUAUUUAUUUUUAAAUGUAAUUUUAUUUUCCAGCUUCAUGUGUGAGAAGAGUCACACCCAAAGCUUAGGAGUUUCUUCUGUAAUAUUUCAGAUCGUUGGCCAUUCUUUGGGAGGCGGGACGGCAGCUCUUCUCACGUAUGUUCUACGGGAGCAGCAGGAGUUCUCCAGUAUGACGUGUGCUGCCUUUGCCCCAGGUUGGUCUCCUUAAAACGUUUUGGUUCUGUUGCCAUUACUUUACUUAAAAAACAAGAUGUUAUUUCUUUGUCUGCUAUUUAAUAUGAUUUAAAAUUCCACCUCAGAUAUAUUUAUGGGUUGACUUAUCUUUGCCCCUGACCAUUUUCUCCAUAUUUAUCAAUUUUUAUCGCAUGCUAAAAAAAAUUGUGAACUGAAGCAACGCUCCCCUCAAAAAUUCCAGGCACUCAGAGACCUAGGCCUUGGUAGUUCAUUCUGUCACAGCUUCCCGGCAGCUACAGAAUAAUAAAUUAAUUAAAUACGUCCAUAUAUGCGUGUUCUAUAUUAUUCACUUAUUUUUUCUCAUUUUUGACCUUGCUUGUAUCUUGUUCUCGUGCACAGCUGCCUGCAUGACGUGGGAGCUGGCAGAGUCGGGGAGGGACUUCAUCACUUCCGUUAUUAAUGGAGCUGACCUGGUGCCCACCUUCUCAGCUGCUUCGGUUGACGACCUUCGUGCUGAGGUUGACUCUACUGGAACCUUUGUAUAGGUUAUCUGUUGUUUACCUCACUUCUCCCCCUCCCCCCUCCCACUUUCUAUAACAGUUCUCGCCAUGGAAAAAAAUAUACAAGGUUUUUCUAUGUUGCUCAAGUAUUCUUUUCGUGCAGGUUACUGCAUCUGCGUGGCUGAAUGAUCUGCGGAACCAAAUCGAGCGGACCCGGAUACUGAGCACGGUGUAUCGGUCGGCCACUGCUCUCGGGUCCCGCCUUCCAUCCAUCGCCGUCGCCCGAGCGAGAGUAGCCGGGGCUGGUGCGAUCCUCCGCCCCGUCUCCAAUGGCACACAGGUUCAUCUUUCUGUACUUUCGAGGAGUCUUAGUCUCUUUAAUUGUUCCAAUCAUGUUCGUUCUUUCGGGAGGACCUCUGUCCGAUAAUUACCUUCUCCAUCUCAAAUACUUUGGUUCAUGGGACCAGAAGAGCUCGUUGACCAGCGAGUCAACUGAGGCUUCUUCUUAUCCUGGGUUUGUUGGUCGCUUAAGCCUAGAAUUGAUCGGAUCAGCCGCCCCCAUAUUUUUGCUCAUAAAAAUGUCGCUUAAGGCCAUGACUUCUCCUGCAAUAUGCUGCCUUGUUUCCACUUUUGGGUCCUCCUCAUCUCAACAGAGGAAGUCUUUGUUUUGCCCCGUUGACACAGGUCGUGAUGAAGCGGGCCCGGAAUGUCGCUCAGGCGGCGUGGAGCCGCCCGCCCUUGCGCCUACCUUCUUGGUCCUGCAUGGGGCCCCGCCGCCGCAAUGCAGCCUCUUCGGUGGUGUCGAGCUUGAAAGGUGGUGAAGCAGAAGAUAUGGUGGUGGCCUCCGUUGUCUCUGCAGACACUGUUGGCUCGGAUGCCGAAUCGAGGGCGGCGUUGACUUCCACAGACGACGGAGGAUGGAGCUCUGAGAUCGUCCCAUCUGGUGAGGACGGCGGCGAUGGCGAGGAUGGCAUGUCGGAGGUGGAGCUGUGGCAGCAGCUCGAGGACGAGCUCUACCGGCGGCGGAGGGAGACCGAGGAGGCGGACGUGGUGAAGGAGAUCAGGGAGGAGGAGAAGGCAGCGGCGGCGGCUGCGGCGGAGGGGGUCAACGAGAGCCUUCUCGUACCAGCGGCGGAAGCCCGUCGCUUCUUCCCCCCCGGGAGGAUCAUGCACAUCGUCUCCCUGCUCCCCGAGGAGGAGAAGCCCGGAGAAGGAGGUGGCAGUCCCGGAUCAGCGUCGCCACCGCCAGGCCCCAAGGUGGGGAUCUUCCUCACCCCGAGGUCCCUCUACGGCAAGCUGCGGCUCUCGCAGAUGAUGAUCAACGAUCACUACAUGCCAAUCUACCGGAGAAACAUGGAAGCCCUCAUCGAGGAAUUCGAGGGGGCGGCGGCAGCGGUGGAAGGAGACUCCGAGGUUGACCUGGCUUUGACCUGA